AUGUCCACCCAAGAAGACGACGCCGCCUCUAUCGCCCGUCUCUCCCUACACGACCCCGCCCACUUCAGCGUCCAGCACUCCCAGACGCUUCAUCGCCUGGUGCUCCUGCAGCACUGGAACAUAGCCGCCGGCUCCAGGGUGCUGGAGCUGGGAUGCGGGCAGGGCGACUGCACGGCUGUGCUUGCUCACGCCGUGGAUGAGCAAGGCCAUGUGGUAGCCGUCGACCCCGCAGACCUGGACUAUGGCUCCCCGUAUACCCUCGGCCAAGCGCAGAGCCACAUCUCGCAAGGCCCUCUGGGCGGGCGCAUCACAUGGGUGCAGCAGAGCCCCCUCGACUACCUCCAGUCACCGUCGCUCCCGCCGCCCGCCGAUGGAGGCACCCAGGCCUUCGACGCGGCAGUCCUCGCCCACAGCCUGUGGUACUUCGCCUCGCCGUCCCUCGUCCUGUCGACCUUGAAGGCCCUCAAGCGGCACAGCAAGCGGCUCCUCCUGGCCGAGUGGUCGUUGGCGGCGUCGCACCCCUCGGCCCAGCCUCACGUGCUUGCCGCGCUUGCCCAGGGGUCGCUGCAGUGCCGGAGAGGCGACGGCGACGGCGGCGACUCCAACGUCCGCACGGUACUGGGGCCGAAGCGUAUCAUCGAACUGGCCCUAGAGGCCGGGUGGCAGCUGAAUAGUGAGACGCGGGUCCAGGGCGGGGAGGGCCUGCUGGACGGGCAGUGGGAGGUGUCUGCCUGUCUGUCCUCGUCGUUUCAGCGGGAUGUGGAGGACUGUCUUGGUACGGGUGAUGAGAGGGAGCGGGAGGUGGUGGUCGCGUUGCGGGAUGCGUGCAGGGCUAGCUUGGAGGGUGUCCCAGGGGGGAGGAAGGGGGUCAGAAGCAUGGAUGUCUGGGUUUCUGAUUUUGCCUAG